AUGGCCUAACUCAGGCAGGGCGGGCAGGGCGGGCUGGGCAGACCUGGGGCCCUCGGAGCCGGCCAUCUGCCUGCAUGGAUGCUCUGAAGCCACCCUGUCCCUGAAGGAUGCAGGAGUGAGGGAAGAAGAACAGGGACUCAUGUGCCAGGAAGGACUCGGAGCCAGGAAGCCUCAUUUACUGGAACCACCGAGAGAUGAGGCCCCCUUCACAGGGCCUAAAUUUCCUGCUGCUAUUCACCAAGAUGCUUUUCAUCUUUAACUUCUUGUUUUCCCCACUUCCAACCCCGGCACUGAUCUGCCUCCUGAUCUUUGGAGCUGCCAUCUUCCUGUGGCUGAUGAACAAACCUUACCCUGUCUUGCCUGCUAUUGACCUGGACAACCAGUCAGUGGGAAUUGAGGGAGGAGCACGGAGGGCUGUUUGCCAGGGGAACAAUGACCUGCUAAGUUACUACUUCUCAGAUGCCAAGACGAUGUAUGAAUCAUUCCAAAGAGGACUUGCUGUGUCUGACAAUGGGCCUUGCUUGGGAUAUAGAAAGCCAAACCAACCUUACAAAUGGCUCUCCUACAAACAGGUGUCUGAUCGAGCAGAGUACCUGGGCUCCUGUCUCUUACAUAAAGGACAUAAGGCAUCACAAGAAUAUUUUGUUGGCAUCUUUUCCCAGAAUAGACCAGAGUGGAUCAUCUCCGAGUUAGCUUGUUACACGUACUCCAUGGUGGCUGUCCCCCUGUAUGACACCUUGGGAGCAGAAGCCGUCAUAUACAUUAUCAAUAAGGCUUCUAUCUCUGCAGUGAUCUGUGAUACUCCCCAAAAGGCAUCGGUCCUGUUAGAAAAUGUGGAGAAGGGCCUCACUCCAGACAUGAAACUAAUCAUCCUCAUGGAUCCCUUUAAGGAGGACCUGAAGGAAAGAGGCGAGAAGAGUGGAGUGGAGAUCUUACACUUCUUUGAUGCUGAGAAUAUAGGCAAAGAGAACUUCAGAAAACCCAUGCCUCCUAAACCAGAAGACCUGGGCAUCGUCUGCUUCACCAGUGGGACCACAGGCGACCCCAAAGGAGCCAUGAUAACCCAUAAAAAUGUUGUUUCAAAUGCUGGUGCUUUUCUUAAAUGUGUGGAGAAUACGUUUAUGAUCACCCCUGAGGAUGUGGUCAUAUCCUACCUCCCCUUGGCUCAUAUGUUUGAGAGGAUUGUACAGUAUGUUGCGUAUACUUGUGGAGCCAAAGUUGGGUUCUUCCAAGGAGAUGUUCGGUCACUGCCCGACGACAUGAAGACUCUGAAGCCCACAGUGUUCCCUGUGGUGCCCCGACUUCUUAACAGGAUCUAUGAUAAGAUUCAAAAUCAAGCCAAGGAACCCUUGAAGAAGUUCUUAUUGAACUUGGCCAUUUCCAGUAAAUUCAAUGAAGUGAAAAAUGGUAUCAUCAGACGCAACAGUCUGUGGGACAAGCUCAUCUUUGCAAAGAUCCAGGACAGCCUGGGUGGGAAGGUUCGCCUUAUGGUCACCGGAGCUGCUCCCAUCUCUGCUCCUGUCUUGACAUUCCUCCGGUCGGCAUUGGGAUGUCAGGUGUUUGAAGCUUAUGGUCAAACAGAAUGCACUGCUGGCUGUACAUUUACGUUACCUGGGGACUACAGACCAGGCCAUGUUGGAGUCCCCCUGGCUUGCAAUCAUGUGAAGCUGGAAGAUGUGCCAGAAAUGAACUACUUCUCAGUGAACGGUGAAGGAGAGGUCUGCAUCAAGGGCACCAACGUGUUCAAAGGAUACCUGAAGGACCCCGCGAGGACAGAGGAAGCCCUGGAUAAAGAUGGCUGGCUUCACACAGGAGACAUCGGGCGCUGGCUCCCGAAUGGAACUCUGAAGAUCAUUGACCGGAAAAAGAACAUUUUCAAGCUGGCCCAAGGAGAAUACAUUGCUCCAGAGAAGAUAGAAAAUAUUUACAUUAGGAGUAGACCAGUGCUGCAAGUUUUCGUACAUGGGGAAAGCUUACGGUCAUUCUUAGUAGCAGUGGUGGUUCCUGACCCAGAUGUGCUCCCCGCAUUUGCAGCCAAACUUGGAGUUAAGGGCUCCCUUGAAGAAAUGUGCCAAAACCAAGUUAUAAAGGAAGCCAUUUUACAAGACUUGCAGAAACUUGGGAAAGAAAGUGGCCUUAAAUCCUUUGAACAGGUCAAAAGCAUCUUUCUCCAGCCAGAGCCAUUUUCCAUUGAAAAUGGGCUCUUGACACCAACAUUGAAAGCAAAGCGGGGAGAGCUUUCCAAGUACUUCCAGACCGAAAUCAACAGGCUGUACGAGGCUACCCAGGAGUAGAUGAAGAUGCGCCAGCUGGAAGGGGCUUGGAGUCUGCUGUGGGGGAAGGAGAUGAAACGCUGUGGAGCGUACUUUCCAGUAAAGGAAGCAAAGCACUGAGUAAAAACCUCCUAAACUGGGAACAAAGACUCACAGGGAAGCCUGCUGCCCGCACAACCGCCUUAUCUCCUGCCUUAUCUCCUGUGAAGGAACCGACUGACCUUUUCUGCCUUGAACACUGGUUCCUGCUCCAGUUUACCCUCAGGCAACACAUGUUGCUUCCACUUGUAAAUCUGAAGUCCUUAAAAUAAUAAACUAUUGCAGAUACA